CACAAAUAUAAGAAGCGAAAUUAUCAAAUUCCAAAAUCAAUCAGACAAUAUUUAUAAAGUAAAUUAGAACGAACUCUGGCAAGAGAUUUAAACAAACCCUAAUUUGUUAGUUUUCGAAAGAGGACUUUCCUGCCGUUUGGGACAUCAAAGCGUUUCGCCGUCAGUUUCAGCUAUGCAACUCUUGUUCUGGUGGUUUUUUCUCUGGAGUUAAAAUUCUAACAUAAAGGGCUGCGAAGAUUCUUGCAAAUUUGAUCGUGAUGGGCUCUGGGAUACUUGCUAGGGCUUUCGUUCAAGCCUAUCGUCAAGCACUUGCAAAUGCCUCAAAAUCUGGUGUUGCUCAAGAAACAUUGCAAAAUACCAUUCGCAGAGGAAGCAAGGCCAUGACAGAGCAAGAAGCUAGGCAGAUUCUUGGCGUCACUGAGGAAACCGCUUGGGAGGAAGUUAUGAAGAAAUACGAUGCUCUAUUUGAGAGGAAUGCCACAAAUGGAAGUUUUUACAUUCAGUCAAAGGUUCACAGGGCUAAGGAAUGUUUAGAGGCUACCUAUCGAGAAAAAGGUCCGAGUACUCCUAGUUGAGAGUGAAAUGAAAGCCCUCAUUGCAAUCUCUGUCUCUUGCCUUGUUCAAUUAUUUUUAUAUGGGAAUGAAUGUCCUGGAGAUAGAUAUUGUAAAACAGUUUUGUUUUCUAAUAUAUUCGGUUAUGAGUUGUUCGUCAAGACAUUUGAGCUUCUGAUGCUUAUCAGUCCUGUCGUUACAAAGUGAUAACAUAUAGACGUGUACAGAUACCCAUCCUUCUUGGUCAACUGUCGUUUUGGAAAAUGGCUUAAAUAAAGUAAUAUCACAUAUUUGAUAUUUGCAUUAACAA